UUGUCUGUUCAGUUCAUAACAGACAUUCUUUCAAAAACACGACGUGUACUCGAAGAUAAAGAACCAGAAUCCAUAUAGAGACAUUUAAAAAUUAAUUGCAUAAUAUUCUUCAAAUGGAGACAGUUGUUGAGGAUAUUGAAUUGAAAAGGAAGUUGAAAAACUCCAACAAAAACAUCAAUGAUGUUUCUUUUGAUGAAAACGAGGAAAAGGCUAAAUUCUUAGCGCUUUUCCCAGAAAUUGUAGCUGCCGUGUUGAACAAGUUUGCAAGUGUGCCUGACAUCGCUAGUCGAGUAAAAAAGAUGAUGGAGUACAAUUCAGCCGGUGGCAGCAAAGCCCGCGGUCUUAUGACGGUGCGCGCCUACCAAAGGUUGGAGAGUCCGGACAAAAUCACCGACGAGACCAUGAGGUUAGCGCGCAUUCUGGGCUGGUGUGUGGAACUGUUUCAGACAAGCUUGAUAAUCCUGGACGAUGUGUCUGACAAAUCCACGACUCGGCGAGGUGCCCUCUGCUGGUUCCGUUUACCCGACGUUGGAGUUUUGGCCAUCAAUGACUCUCUGCUCAUGUUAACCAUUGUCUUCGAUAUGUUGAAAGAAAACUUUGGCGACAGAAGCUGUUAUCCUGACAUCUUAUACACGUUCAAUGAGACUCUCAGACAUUUGUGUUUUGGCCAGUAUGACCCGCCUCCAAAAGAUUUCAUCCAAUUUACAAUAGAGCAAUUCAACAGGUAUUCAAUUGACAAGAGAAGUUACUACACAUUUAAACUACCGAUCUACAUUAGCUUAUUGUUGGCUAACAAAGCAGACAAGAAUGUCUUUGACACCGUGGAAGAAAUUUUUGAAGAAAUGGGAUUACUUUUAUCUAUGCAGAACGAUUACAUCGAUUGCUUCGGGGAUGAAAAAGAAGAAGGUAAGGCAGGUACGGACAUCCAGGAGGGCAAGUGCACGUGGCUGGCGGUGCAGGCGCUGGCGCGCGGCGGAGACGCGGCGCGCGCGCAGCUCGAGGCGUGCUACGGCCGCUCCGACGCCGCCAGCGAAUGCCGCGUGCGCACGCUCUACGAGGAGCUUAGGUUACCGGAGCUCUAUCGGGAUGAAGAACGCGUUAUGACUAACAGAAUUCUCGACCGCAUUAAAGCGUUACCUAACGACAACAAAUUGCCUCCAAUGCUGAUACUAGAAAUGUUCCAAAUGAUUCAAGAUAUGCGAGUAGAUUAAUAAUUACGAUUUCGCCGACGCCGCUAGCGAACGCCGCGUGCGCACGCUA